CCAUUGACAUUUUAACUGCUUAAUUCGCAGAGUCUCCUUCCUUCCUUCCUUCCUCCCUUCAAUUCCUCCUUCCUUCGAUCGCCGGCGCCUACCUCACCGACAGGACAGGCGGAUCGCCCCGGCCGGAAAAUUCCGUUCAUGAUGGCUUGGGCAUUUGCCCUCGCGCUAUUCCUCUCCUUCACCGCACUCGCCGCCGUUUCAUCAUCGCAUCCAGAUUUGAUGAGGAGGACUUACGUCAAUUACACUCGCCCUAAUAACAGCACCACUAUGUUUCUGCCGCUGUUUUUCAACACCCCCAAGUAUCGCCGUAGCGUCGACGACUUUUUUCCUCGCCGACAUCUCAAAACCCGCAGCAUCCACAACGCUCGGAUGUCGCUCCACGACGAUCUCCUCCUCAACGGGUAUUACACCACUCGUUUGUGGAUCGGGACGCCUCCUCAGCAAUUUGCUUUGAUUGUUGAUACGGGGAGUACUGUUACUUAUGUUCCUUGCGCCACUUGCGAACAGUGUGGGAAGCAUCAGGAUCCAAAGUUUCAACCAGAGGAGUCGAGCACCUACCAACCUGUGAAGUGCAAUGCUGACUGCAACUGUGAUAGCAAUAGACAACAGUGUGUUUAUGAAAGGCAAUAUGCAGAAAUGAGUUCUAGCAGUGGAGUAUUGGGUGAGGACAUUGUGUCCUUUGGCAAUGAGAGUGAGCUGGAACCACAGCGAGCUGUUUUUGGUUGUGAGAAUAUGGAAACUGGUGAUCUUUACAGUCAGCAUGCUGAUGGAAUAAUGGGUUUGGGUCGUGGGGAUCUUAGUAUUGUGGAUCAACUUGUUGAGAAAAGUGUAAUUAGUGAUUCAUUUUCCUUGUGUUACGGUGGAAUGGAUGUGGGUGGUGGUGCAAUGGUUCUUGGGGGAAUUUCACCCCCUUCUGAUAUGGUUUUUACACAUUCUGAUGCUGGACGUAGUCCGUAUUACAAUAUUGACCUGACGGAGAUUCAUGUGGCUGGGAAGCAGCUGCCCCUUAAUCCCAAAGUUUUUGAUGGUAAGCACGGAACUGUUCUGGAUAGUGGCACAACCUAUGCUUACCUUCCUGAGGCUGCAUUUACUGCAUUUAAAGCAGCAAUCUUCAAUGAACUCCAGUCCCUCAAGAAAAUACCAGGUCCUGAUCCUAAUUACAAUGAUAUUUGCUUCUCCGGUGCUGGAAGUGAGACAUCAGAACUAUCGAAUUCCUUUCCGUCAGUUGAAAUGGUAUUUGCAAAUAAACAGAAGUUACUGUUGUCCCCUGAAAACUACUUGUUCAGACAUUCAAAAGUGCGCGGUGCUUAUUGCCUUGGGAUUUUCCAGAAUGGGAAAGAUCCAACCACUCUUUUGGGAGGUAUUGUAGUUCGAAAUACCCUUGUAACAUAUGACCGUGAGCAUGAGAAAAUUGGUUUUUGGAAAGCCAAUUGUUCUCAGUUAUGGGAGAGUCUUCAUCCACCAGUGGCCUCUCCCCCGCCUACAAACAUAGAUCAGAACUCAACCAAGCCUGCAGCUCCAGUGCAGGCUCCUAGUGAACCUCCCUCACCUGAGACUUCAGAGGUGAAAAUAGGUCUCAUAACAUUUCACAUGCUGCUGACUGUAAAAUACCAAGACUUGAAGCCUCACAUGUCCGAACUUACUCUGUCUAUUGCAAAGGAAUUGGGUGUUAAUACGUCUCAGGUUCAAAUGAUGAAUUUCACUUCUAGAGAGAAUGGUACUGUCAUAAAAUGGGCUAUUUAUCCAACCAAAUCUUAUGAUUUCAUUUCCAAUGCAACUGCAAUGGAUAUUAUAUCCAGGUUGAAUGGAAGUCAAAUGCAUCUCCCUGAUAUAUAUGGGAGUUACAAAUUGUUUGAAUGGAAAAUUGAGCCUCCACCAAAACGGACAUGGUGGGAGCAGCAUUAUUUGGCUGUGGUCAUCACAUUUGUUGUUGUGAUUGUACUCGGAAUGUUGGCUGCCGGGGUGUGGUUCAAGCGAAGAAACGAACAACUUCCUGUUGCAUACAAGCCCGUUGAUGUUGUCGUGGCAGAGCAAGAACUGCAGCCGCUGCAGGGCCAAUAGUCACCUUGGUAACACUGAACUUAUGAUUGACUCCAUACAUCCAAUUCAUGUCGCCAUUAUAGCAGCAUAUCAAUCUUACAGAGAAAAUGGUAGGUUGAAAAUCUGAGGUGCCAAAUUUGUGUGAGCAGGCUUUAUAUAAUAUAUACACACACAUAUAUAUAUCUUCAUGUCUGUGAAUAGAAAUGGCAAAUGUCACCUUAGCCGACAGCACUCUGCCUUGGAAAAACCGAAACUCUUUUUUGCCAUAAACUUUCAGGAUUUGUGUAGUUCUAUUUGCAGCUCUCUCGAGAGGAAAACAUCUUUUGUAGAGAAUUAUUCCAUAGACGACGAAUAAUAGUAGUGUAUGGAAUGCAUUAUUCCUUUCAGUUUCGUGUUAUAUGUUAUCUUUUGCCUUUAGAUCGAAAAACAGGUUAGGCUAAUUCGAGAAUUUGAAGAUAUUGCUUACUUGGUUGGAACAUUACAGGUGCACAUUUACAUAGAAUCAUUUGUUUUUUUUUUUUCAUUAAAAUGCCUUGUUACUCUUAAGUUAAGGUUAUAUUUUAUCUAUUGUAGUUUCUGUAUAACAAAGAAAUAGAAUUUGAACAUGAUGUUUGUAUGUUUCUCCUUUCUA